AUGGGCAGCAGCAAGAGAGUGCCCCCGUACCUUCUGCUGGUGCUGCUGGCCAUUGGAGCCGCCGCGGUGAGUGUCGGCAUCCUGCACAAGAUGAGGGAGCGCAGCGUCCUUACCGUCCUCCUCCAGGAACGCGACCAGCAGUUCAUCUCCUUCCAAGUCCUCCUCGAGAAAGAAAAAGAAAUUAAUAAAGAGAUGAGGAGGAAAGUUGACGAACUGGAAGCCAAAACAUCUGUCCUGAGUAUUGAGAGGGCAGAAUUGAAAAACAAGCUCAUGGAUUCAGAAACUACCACCACAUAUCUUACCAACACCCAGAAAGAAUUGGAAGCAGCUCUUGUGGAGAAAGAGAGCCAUAUCAACCAAAUGAAAGAGAAUGCAGCUGCUUCAAACCCAGAUCAGACGACAACUAUAAAGGAACUCCUGCAGCAGAAAGAAGCUGAGCCUGAGCUUGACAAAUCCGAAAAUUCUAGUGAUUCCAUUCCUGCUACAGCAGAAGAUAAUUCCAACAGUACUACUAUAUCAGAGGGCAACCACAAUGAUGAGAGCAUUGUAGUGGGAGCAAACACCGAAAAUGCAACUUCUGAAACCGUGGUACUUGACAAAUCUGAAAACUCCAGUGAUUCCAUGUCUGCUCCAGCAGAAGAAAAUUCAAGCAACACUAAUCCAUCAGAUAGCAGCCACCAAGAUGAGGGCAUUGUAGUGGAAGCAAAAAACGUUAAUGCAACUUCUGACCUUGUGGUACUUGACAAAUCUGAAAACACCAAUGGUUCUGUACCUGUAGCAGAAGAACAAAAUUCCUACAACACCACUACAUGGGAGAGCAACCAACAAGACAACAGUUCCUCACAAGAACAGUUCUUAAAGUUAACAACCAACAUAGAAGAUGUCCAGGUUCAAGAGAACAAAGGUGAUGCCAAUGAGCAAUCAGAUGAUGCUCCAGAGGGAAGCCAUUCAGAUAAAUCUGAGCUUCAGCAGGGGAACCAAAAACUGAUAGACAAUCAGGAAGCCAGCAAAGAAGAAUCAGAUGGCACAAGACAGGUGGAGGACCCUCAAGGUGAGGCCAGCAACAACAACAGAGAAACUAAAUUGCUGGAGAAGGAAAAUGAGAAAGAAAGAAAUCCUGAGGGCACGAGCUCAGAAGACAGCUUGAGUGAAACCAACCAAAACAAAACGCAAGCAGUGGAACCUGUUGUAGACCCCACAGAUGUAAACCCCAGCACAUCCACAAAUAAUAAGGAGAGAAGAGAAACAAACAAGAGACAUAGAAGGAGAAGGUCCAGAUCUAGAAGGAAUAGGAAGGCCACUGUUGAGGUAGAUGCCGCAGCAAACCCAUGA